AUGGCUUUUAAGGGCACUAGAAAGAUGCCCUUGGAACCAAAGGAGGAGAUUCACCACAUUAGGAUCACCCUGACCAGCCUCAACAUGAAGUCUCUGGAGGAGGUGUGCGCUGAAUUGAUCAGAGGCGCAAAGGAAAAGAACCUCACGGUGAAGGGACAAGUUCAGCUGCCUCCCAAGACUCUAAGAAUCACUACAAGGAAAACUCCUUGUGGUGACAGUUCGAAGAAUUCAGAUCAUCUCCAGAUGAAAAUCCUCAAGCAACUCAUAGACUUGCACAGUCCUUCUGAGAUUGUUAAGCAGAUAACUUCCAUCAGUAUUGAGCCAAGAGUAGAGGUUGAAGUCACAAUUGCAGAUUGUCAACUAUUUUUAAUAAACUGA